GCAUGAUGUCAUUCAUCCUCACGCACUCACACACAUAACCCGCGUCGCGACCGUGUUUACCAAGUGACCGAGUGUCUGUGAUUUAUUUAUUCUAAUAAGUUAGUUAGAAUGGCCAAUAACCGCGCAGCCAAGUCUGGCUUUGCCGCCGAAGCUCAGCGUAAGAUCAACAGCAAAUACAGCGAGGAACUCGCGCAGGAAUGCCUGGAAUGGAUCCGGGCGAUCACGGGCGAGCCAGAGAACGUGUCCGGGGACAUGGACAACUUCUACGAAAUACUCAAGGACGGGACCCUGCUUUGCAAGCUAGUCAACAACAUCCAGCCGGGCCAAGUUAAGAAGAUCAACGAGUCAAAGAUGGCGUUCAAAUGCAUGGAGAACAUAAACGCCUUCCUGGAGGCCGCGAGACAGCUCGGAGUACCUGCUCAGGAAACCUUCCAGACAGUCGACUUGUGGGAGCGACAGAACCUCAACUCCGUGGUGAUUUGCUUGCAGUCACUUGGCAGAAAGGCCCACAACUACGGCAAACCGUCCAUCGGGCCCAAAGAGUCCGAGAAGAACGUGAGAAACUUCUCAGAGGAGCAGCUGAGGGCCGGCCAGGGGGUCAUAUCGCUACAGUACGGCUCGAACAAGGGCGCCACGCAGAGCGGCAUCAACUUCGGGAACACGAGGCAUAUGUAGGCAGUUAACAAGUUGUUUAUGUGGUAAAACGGAUUACUUAUAGGGUUAAUUUAGGUAUAUAGCCUACAAAUUAUCUAGACUUUUCCUAGUGUACUCUCGGCUGCAUCCUAAAAGAGCCUGCGGGAUCCGCUGGUGUCCAGGGGUCGGCAGGUUUGAGAUAAAGUGCCAAUCGGAGUUGAUACCUUAAUUUAUUAAUUCUUUGGGAAACUUGAAGAGCCGCAAAAGUACUUCGAAAUGGUAUACUAACCCCUACGCAAACGAGCUCCAAAUUUUGGCUCGGUCAGUUAUCUUCCAGAUCAAAGUAAAAAAAAAUUGCCUAAAUUAACGUUUUUGCAUAACAAACGUUUUACCAUAUAUUAUAAACUCUUAAGCUAUUUAUAUCUAAAGGAUGAUUAGCAUUAAGACUCAGCUGACGCAUUAUUUUCCAUGGAACUCGAUUCGUUCAAAAUGCAUCAUCUACGAUAUGUAUACCUAUUAUACAUUUACAUAAAUGGCACUUGUGUGCGAGUAAUGACAAGAUUAACACUAAGAAUAUGAUAUAAAAGUAUUACAACGGCCCCGCGUGAUUGAAUAAUUCGUUAUUUAUAUGAUAUAUGAACAGGUUUUUGCCAAGUUUUCAGAGAUAAUAAAAUAUGACAUUGAUGCAUCAAGGCGGUUUGUUUAAAACAGAGGACCUACCGAGAAACGCGAAUCCGAAAUUUCGCUAUCUGCCACUUUAUCGCUCAAAUAUGCAAGAGUGACAGAGAUGUUAGAUAACGGAAUUUCGAUUUUCUUGUUUCGCGAUAGACCCUAUUAUUAUGACUAAGUAAUAUCUACAACCCAAAGAGUUCUUGAUUACAAAAUAACGAAUUAUUCAAUCACGCGGGGCCGUUGUAAUACUUAUAUCAUAAUAGUGUGCUAAUUUUAAAUGUUUUUAUGUACAUAAGAACUUCUAGAAAAUACGUCACCGCGUUUCAACUCAUGUGAAAAGUUUUCUUCAAACUUAUAUUCAAACUGAAACGCUGAACAUAAUUCGUAACCUUAAAGCUAAUCAUCCUUUCAUACACCAUACAUACAAUUCAUAAUGUAACAAGCCACAAAUUAAUUGCACUAGAGAUUUCAUUAAUAGACUAGUUAAAUUAGUAAACAAAAUGUUGUCUUAGAAGACUUGACAGUGGACCAUUUUUGGCGUUUCUCUAAAAUCUCGACUUAGAAUCUCUACGUGUUUGAAAACUGAAUUUCGGUUACAAAUUGACAUUCUAUUUUUUAAGCGUUUUAUCAUUCCGAAGUCAUUCCAUUUUGUGGAUUAUUUUUAUACCAUAGGUAGGUGUAUUUGUUGAGAUCUUUUGUUAAAUCUGACUUUGACUACUAUAUACGAAUUUAAGACAUUUUAAAUUGGCUUAGCUUUUGACUUAAUAAUUAAAUAAUGUAACAUAUUUUUCCAUUUAAGUUUUCGAUUACAAUACAAUAACUUUAAAAGUAUAAUAAAUUGAACUUUGCAUUUAUUGAAUGUGCCUUCUAGCUCCGAAGGAGCCAAAAACUAUUGAAAUGUUGUCUAUAAAAUUUAUAAAUUGACUUUAUACGUAUAUCAGGGUUUCCUUGUUUAUUUAUUAAUUAUAUCAAGUAAUCAUUCCACAAUUUAGACUUAUUAAUAAGUACCUACAUUAGUACAUACUGUGAUUAAUAUUUUUUUAUGGACAUUCUUCUAUAUAUUUUCGUAUUGCGUACUGGAAGACGUUAGGCUAAGUUUCAUCUUAACAUAUACUACAUAGCUGUAUGCAGUACGUGGAAUAAAUAAGUACUUAAAGUA